AAAGUGUUUUUAUUUUUUGUUUUACUUGUUUUCAGAUUUUGGGAAGAACUGGAGGUGGCUGAUUUGGGGUUUCCAAAGUGGUUGAAUACAGGCAAAAACCAGGAUAUUUUUAGUGCUGGGAGUGAGACAUCAGCUACAAUUGUAGAUUGAGCAAUGUCAGAACUGAUGAAAUAUCCAAGAAUCAUGAAAAGGGCACAGGGUGAGGUGAGAGAAGUGUAUGACCAAAAACAGCAGGCAAACGAAACAGGCAUUAAAGAGAUGAAAUAUUUAAAGUUGGUUAUUCAAGAGACACUGAGGUUACACCCUGUUGUUCCCCUGUUACUUCCGCGAGAAUGUGGAGAGAGGUGUGAGAUUGAUGGAUAUGAAAUACCUGUCAAAACAAAGGUAAUUGUGAAUGCUUGGGCAAUCGGAAGAGAUCCCAAUUACUGGACUGAGCCCGAGACCUUUUAUCCAGAGAGAUUCCUUGAUAGCUCUUUUGACUACAAGGAACGAACUUUUGAGUAUAUCCCAUUUGGUGCUGGAAGGAGAAUUUUCCCUGGCAUAUUAUACGGUCUGGCAAAUGUUGAGCUCCCACUAGCAUUGUUGUUAUAUCAUUUUGAUUGGAAACUCCCUAAUGGAAUGAAGAAUGAGGACUUGGACAUGACUGAGGACUUUGGCAUUGCAGUCCGCAGAAAGGAAGAUCUUCAUUUGAUUGCCACUCCAUAUCAUUCCUCUGCCUGAUGCAAAUUCAAAAGCAGAAA